UUGGGCUUUUUUGAGUAUUCAAUAACUUAUUGCAGUUGUCAUUUAUCCAUUAAGAUUAUGUUGGAAAGUUUUACUACUUUUUUUGCUUUAGUGUUUUGCUUCACAUGUGUUGCUCUCUGGAUUUUAUUAUACCAACUUUAUUCAUCAAUUUCACUACUUAUAACUAAUUAUUGGGGCUAAGGAUAUAGCUCAGUUGGUAAUGUACUUGCCUUGCAUUCACAAGGCCCUGGCUUCAAUCCCCAGCACCACAAAAAAGUACCUUAUUGAAUGAUUGAGAGCAUUUCCCUAUGUGAGAGCCUGCUCUUCUAACUCUCAUUACAACCUUUGUCAAAUUAAAUAUUGUGUCAAUGAUCAUAUGGUUGAUGUGAUAUAUAUUUAAUCAUUUUUAUUUCAGGAACCAUUGAUGUUCAAGGAUGUGGCAAUUGCUUUCUCUGAUGAGGAGUGGAAAUGCCUGGACCCUGUUCAGCAGACUUUAUAUGGAGAUGUGAUUUUUAGAGAUCUAUAAAAACCUGGUCUUUGUGGGAAGACAGCUUAGGUCCCCCAAGUGCCUCUCUUUAAAAUGCAAAGCCAUCCACUGUGACAAAAAUAUCAAUCAGUAAGCUGCUUCUGUAGAUAAAGCCAAGUCUGCAACAGAGAUGUUACCUGCUCCCCAACACCUGGUGAACUCAGGAUGAGCUAAGGACAACAGAUGGCACCCUUGUACCCUCUCACUUGGGGACCAGGUAUGUAGUCCACAUAUGCAGAACACUGAGUCUCCCCCGCUUUGCAGAGAUCUGUCUUUGCAGCGCCUCCAGGGGUUGCCUGCGUGGCACAUCCCCAAUGGCUGAGCACAUAUUAAAUAAUACAAAUGCUUUCUACAGCCUUUGUGGUGAGAUUUUUGGCUUAAGAAAACUUGGUUUUUAAUUCUACUUCAAUGCUCCCCUCAAAACUGGAAAUGCUCUGCGUGGCUUACUAGUUAAAUGUCACCAUGAGGGAACAAGAAUGAGGGAGGAGGAUAAGUCAAGAAUUACUUGAAAAUAACAAAUUCUUAAAAAAUUCAUCGUGUUAUCUACAAUUCCCUCUCCAAGUCUGCAGUCCAACUAGUAUGCGCAGUGCAGCGGCAGUGGCCUGCGGCCGAGGAAGAUGGGAACAGUUCGCUCCCAAAGGGAAAUCUUCAAAGAAGGUUCAAAUAUCUUAAUGACCUUUUCUGGACUCUUCCAAAGGCCGCCUGGUCCCGCCACCCCACGAUCUGGCCCUGCUUACCAGGUGGCCUGCCAAAGGGCCCCUGGCCCAGCCCGAGCCUGCGCAGGGGGCCACCAGGCCCCACUCCGCCCUCGGUGUAUUCCCAUUGUGAACGCAGCCUCUGCCCUGAGCUGGGGAGGCUUCAGCUGGGUGGUGCCCUUGUUGUCCUGGACACAGACGCCAUGCCCAGGCAGCUCCAGGCCUUCAGGUGACCCAGCGCGACUCCAGGGAGACAGAGGCAGGACGUCUUCACUCCCAGGCCUGAGCCCCCUAGGAGUGGGGCCGUUGGAGGCUGAAGGACAUGCAGGAUGCACGUGGGCCACCGACUCCUGGGGACCGGGUGGACCCAUGUGGACCCGCUGGUGGCAUUGUGGGCCCAACUGGGCCAAGCCUGAGUGGUGUGACCAUCAGGAACCUGGAAGCCCACUGCGAGCAUUGGGCAUUCCUGGUGGGGACCAGGCCUACGGCUGGGGCGCUCCGCACUCCGGGGCGCCAGGUGCACACAGGCUGAGAUGA